AUGCCUAAGACCGCAGCUCCCAAGCGCAAUGGCAAGAAGCGUGCCAAGAAGGACCCCAACGCCCCCAAGCGUGGUCUCUCCGCCUACAUGUUCUUCGCCAACGAGCAACGCGAGAACGUGCGUGAGGAAAACCCCGGCAUCUCCUUUGGCCAGGUCGGCAAGCUCCUGGGUGAGCGAUGGAAGGCCCUCAACGACAAGCAGCGCGCGCCCUACGAGGCCAAGGCCGCUGCCGACAAGAAGCGAUAUGAGGACGAGAAGCAAGCUUACAACGCUGAAGAAGAGUCAUCGUAG